AUGGCCGUACCAGAACGCCGCGAAUGGCGCAUACCAUCAAACCUGGGGAAGGAGUUGGGGGAUCUCAGCUUUGCAGUCGGGUCAUGGCUGAGUUUCUUGUUAGAUACUGUUGGUCACACGCACACAGUGCCAAAACUCUGGACUGAGGUGCUGGCGUGGCAGGCAUACAAAGACCGCCAGCAACAGGAUCUUCUGCAUCGUACUGAGUAUUUGACCUCCCUGGUCUCUGGCAUUUCGGAAGUCGAGGUUCCGGCUGGAGAAGACUUGCACAGCACUUUGUUCUCUUCUAUGGUGCCAGAUGUGGUAUGUGUUGCCAGCAGCGCGCUUGGACGCUGUCACAUGAAGGAUGGCGCCACCUGGCGACGCAUGGUGCUGUCUCCAGAGAAGCGCCGCUUUCCGCGCAUGGCAUGGCCCCAGGAGGCCUUGACGCAGGCAGCCAACUUGGCUCAGAUGGCCAGCUCGGCCAUUGAAACCCAUCGACCCGCCUGGCAGGUUGAGCGGCAAGUUUCCGAGGUUCAUCCAGAAGAUCGUGAUGGACUUUCUGCAGUGCAACUGCAAGGGCAUCAGGCCUUGCAGGAUUCGUGUUGGCAUAUGACCCGGACGCUUGAAGCCCAAUCACGAGGACCUGGUCCGGUACGACAAAGCAAGGCACAGCAUCGAAUUCACACGAAUCUUCUGAAGGUGAAGGCUGUGCCAGGACUCCACCUGGAGGCCUUGCAGGAGGAUCACCUCAGCACUGAAGCCGCCAGGCAGCAGAGGCAACAGUCCACCUGCAAGGUGGUCUUCUCCCAAGUGGACAAAGCUGAUGGUUUGGACAUUGCGACUCCCGAGAUGCGAUUCUCCCGCUUUUUCACUGCUUUGAUGUACCACGGACCACCAGAGACCACGGCCAGCCACUUGAUCCGCCUGGAUGGCAUGGAUUCGGGCUCGACGUUCAAGUUCUCCAUCCUGGAUGGUGGCAAGUGCGUGCGUCGAGAGGAGAGGCUUCCCAGGAAGACCAUGCCUCCUGCCAUGGUGGGCUCUGUUGAGCCAGCACCAGUGUUGUCUAGCGGCCAUUAUUUCGAAGUGAAGGUGAUGAGCCUUUUCCAGUCGGUGAGCGCAGCUGACAGGCCCAAAAUCUGCGAGACCUAUGGUCGAACAGCAGGCGUGGUGCUGGGCUUCAAAGGCGCUCGGCCAAGUGGAGAGGACGAGCUGGCGAAGGAUAUCUCCACUGUGGCGAACUCCUGGUGUAUCUCUUCCAAUGGGUGGUUCUUCUCUCAGAGGGGGCGGCCCAAUCCACAGUUGCAUCGGCCCACCAGCCAGAUGCGCGCCACACCCGAGCUACGUCCCACCUGGCACCGCGCGCGGCAAGCGGCCUCGCAUGGUGCACAGCUGAGGUGUGUGUGGCCUCCAUUGUGCAAAGGACCAGGUCAUGUGGAACGGCAAUUCGACUGGUCCUGUGCUCUUCAGGAGGGAGAUACGUUGGGGCUGUUGGCCAUGCCAAGCGGGGCUCUGGUGCUCACGGUGAAUGGCGUUCGGGAAUUGAUGGUGGCAGAUGCUGGUGUCCUCGCGGAUCAGUAUUUGUACCCCAUCGUGCAGGUGGCAAAUCACGUGAGAUCCGUCAAGCUCUGCGCGGCGGUCGAACCACCUGAGUAG